AUGAUGGAGGAGCAUCUGGCAAGGCACAAAAAUCAUGAGAGUUCGGUCGAAACAAUCUCAUCAGCAGUAUCAUUCGAGGGGGAUUUUGCGGAUAAGCCAGCAGUCUUUGGAAAUAACGAAAACCUUCCGGAUCCCUGUUCUGUAGUCGUCCAUAGCCAUGCUGAAGCCAACUAUGGUGAUGAUCACGAUGGUGAUGCCGAGGACGAUUCUACUGAUAUCGGUUCUGUGCGUAUCUAUGAACUGACGGAUGAAAACGAUACGGAUGCAGUAUCAUUUUCGGAUGGAGCUAUAGCUGAAUCGCCUCCUGAAAGUGCUGACGAAGACGGUGAUUGUAUCGCACAAACCGACUAUACUCUUCACGUCAUUUCAGAUUCGUUCAGCAUUCAAGAAAUCACCACUAGUGGAGUCGUUUGGAACGACGAUGGUACGAAGAAAACUAUCGCUGGCACCGUAAUUAUCCAUGACCAUCCGGGUUCUGUUCACCAGUUUACUUCGAGACUCGUGCCGGUCAUAGAACUGGCUGCUGAUGACAAUUCCGAUGCGGCAGUUAGCUUAAACGUUUUUGCUAAUGAUGGGAGGGGAGUGCAUCGUGAGAAACUCAGGAUAAGACGCUGUCCUGGUUUGCAACCAGCCAUAACUACAGAAACGCCAACGAAAGGGCCAAAUGUCAAAGGAACGACUGCUGCAGCUCCUACCGAAGAACCUGUUGAAUGCAAAGAGUAUAGAGCAACACUACACUGGAAUUAUGGCAGCAAAAUGCAGCACGAGCCAAAGUGUGAAGUUAGCAAGGAAACGUUCAUUCCAGCAACAGUUCGAGUGCUAGCAGAGGAGAAAUCGAGCAAAGUGCUGUAUAGCUUAUCCGGUUUUUCGACUUGUACUGAUCCAGCGGUUGUUCACCUCUACUAUGAAGGAGAAGGUAUCGCGCGCCCCAAAAAAAAUUACAGUUCGUGCAAGGAGUUGGAAUAUCGCCUCGAAAAUCAUUACCAGAAUCCGGUUCUCCUGGCUGAGUUACUAGAUGAGGAAGGAUAUGUUCUGGUGAAGCAUUUUAACAAACGCAGCCUGGCGAAUAUACGAGGUGAAUAUCAUGAAUUUUUCGAAACGUCUGAAGAAACAGUGGAGAAACCGAUUUCGAAAAAGAAGGCCACACAUUCAAAAUUUUUCAAAUGUUGUCGCUGUUAA